AUGGUGGAGAGCCGGAGCUGCGUCCAGAGGGAGGGAGUGUACCGCUGGUUCUCCUCCCUCUCCUCCGCCCAGAGAGCGGAGUUCCUGUGCGGCCUGCUGGACCUCUGCGUCCCCAUCGAGCUCCGGUUCCUGGGCUCCUGCCUGGAGGACCUGGCCCGUAAGGACUACCACUCCCUGCGGGAUGCGGAGAUCAAAGCCAACAACCCGGUGGACCUGUCGGGCCUCACCAACAUCACGGACGAGGUGGUUCGCAGCAAACUGCUCGUGUCUCUCGCCCUGCUCGGCUCGGACAACCGGGAGGCGGCGGGGGUCCUGUACCGGACGCUGACCCACAUAGACACGGUGAUCAAUAACUACGGUCUGGCGCUGAACGACGGCCGGACGGAGGAGCAGUUCCUGCUGCUGUUCACCAUGGCCUCCAACCACCCAGCCUUCAGCUUCCACCAGAAGCAGGUGCUGAGGCAGCAGCUGGGCCAGAUCCAGGACAUCCUGCAGGCGAGCAGCAGCAGCAGCAGCAGCGGUGGUGGAGGAGGAGGAGGAGGAGGAGGAAGCAGCGACGUUCAGGCAGCAGCCGUCUGCUACUCUCAGCCUCAUCAUCACCUCCAGCAUCAGACUCUUCCUCUGUCCGACGUUAGCGCCGUCUACCUGCCCAUGUCGGCCUGCCAGCCCUGCAGCGCUCACUGCAGCUGCUGGAACAAGAAUCAGACCAGAGAGGCCGGAUCAGCUUCAUCAGACCAUCAGACCAACCAGGAGAUCACCUCACCUCCUCCUCACCCAGACCUCUGUCCUCCCCCGCCUCCACCUCCUCCUCCACCACCUCCUCACCUCGGUCCUUCUCUACCUGCUGGACAGAACCAGGAAGCAGCAGCUGCGACCAAAAGCCACCAGGUGAAAACAGGAAAAGCCGCGAUUGAGAGGCUGCUGCUCAGAGGAAUCACACACAAGUCCGAGGACGGCAGUGAAUAUGCGUUCGAGGUGAGCUGGUCCAAUGGUUUGGUGUUAUCUGUGGUCAGAACUCAACAGGAGGUGGCAGAUCUGAUGUCCCAGCUGUCGCAGGCGUUUCCUGAUGAAGGACUGGAGAAGUUCCUCCCUCAGUCCAUAGAACCAGACCCCAGGUGUCUGACAGCUCUGCCCUGCCAUGUCCUCCAGCACCACAGCGUCCAGAUGUUCUUCACCUCCACCAGACCUCUGUCCCCCAGCUGUCCCUCCUCUCCACCCUCCUCCAUCCCAAUGCUACCAUCCUCCCUUCCUACCACACCCGUAGCCUCGACCUCCCCGCUCACCUCCAGCUCCAAUCUUGGGUGUAUGGUGCAGUACAGAGGAGCCAACAGGGCGGUGUACCGAGUUGCCAGCGUCCAGCCGGUCGUCAGCACCCACAGCUCCGUUUCCACUCGGUCCACUCCUCACCUCUCCUCCCUCCCACCUCCUCUUCCUCCCUCCAUCCCUCCUCCCCAGCACUCCCCCCAGCUCCCCUCCCUGCCUCCCCCAGUACCGUCCCUACCCACCCGGGGAUCCACGGCGGCCUGUGGAGGCGACGUCACCUCCCAGCCUCAUCCCCAGCAGUACUCCCAGCACCACCUCCAUCCACAGACCAGCAGCCAGCCCAGCACGCACCUGUCCCAUUCCCAGUCACAUUCCCGAUCCCAGUCCCACCCACAGCCACCAUCCCAGUCUCAGCCCAGCACUCUGGAGCAGAACAGCAUCCUGGACUGGCUUCGUCGGCUGCGACUCCACAAGUAUUACCCCGUCUUCAAACAGCUCACCAUGGAGGAGUUUUUAGCGCUGACAGGGGAGGACCUGAACAAGUACGAUCUGACCCAAGGAGCAAAGAAGAAACUGAAGACCCAGCUAGAGCUACAAAAGACAGCAGACAGGGAGAUGAAGAUGGAGAAACGUUUGUGUGGCGGCAUCGCCAGGGUAACGCCUUCCAGCCACAUGGGACCUUCAGGUCAUCAAAGCACCGCUGCAGCAGAGCUUCGGGUGGAGGUGGACGGAGCGUCGCACCAUCAUCCCGUCUCUACUGACAGCAGCUCGUCGUCGAGUUAUUCCAGCUCGUCCUGCUCCCCGCGAACGCCUCACUGCUGCGACACCUUCGACAGAACCAGAGACCUUCACAGACGAGGUCCAGAUGCAGCAGCUGGUCCGGAGAAGGACCGGUCCUGCCCCUUCAUCCUGAACUCCAGCUGCUCCAGUCGACCCACCGCCCAGGUUCUUCCCGUCCAGACCGACCCGGCUCCUCCCCUGCCUCCCUCCUGCUCCUCUCACCUCCCCUUCGGCCUCCCCCAGCCGCCCUACCAGCCCAGCUACCCCCAGACGCUCCUCUCUCCGGUAUCGAACCCGGCCCGCAUCCUCACCUCGCCACGUAAGCCCCGCCCCCCUCCACUGUGCUCUGAGGACCGGACUAAGCCGCUGGGUUCGGGGCUCCCUGCGGCCGGAUCGGGCUUCGGUUCCGGGCUGGGGGUCGGGGUCGGGGUGGGGGUCGGGGUGAGGAUGGAGAACGUGUUCCCGGCGGUUCUGGACGGGUCCUCGGGGCUGCAGGACUCGUAUCACGGCGGUUCUGGCGACGCCGGCGGUCUGAUGGUGGAGACCAGCUCGGCUCUGACCUCCACCUCCAACAGCCUCCAUCACGUCUCCCACCCGCCUCUCCACUUCCACCUCUCCUCCUCCUCUCCCUCUCCAUCCGGGUACUACUCCCACCCUCCUCCUCCCUCCUCCUCCUCCUCCUCCUGCACCUCCUCCAAGUCUCACGUCUCCAUGGCAACAGCCAGCAGCGUUCCCGUGGCGGCAGUCCCCGGCAACACCUACUACCCUCCUCAGCCCACCUCCAGCCCGUCGCCCUCCUCGGCCUCCUCAUCCUCCUCGUCGUUGGAUCAGAGUUCGGGUCACGGCUCGUCCCUGUGCGUGUGCAGUUCCUGCGGUUGCCGUGGUAACUGCGGCGCCUACGGGGCGUUGCCAGGAUACGCGGCGGCCGGAUACCUGCAGCCGUUCUCGGCCGGACCCUCCCUCUUCACGCUGGGCCCCCUGCUGCACCUCAGCCCCCUCAUCGCCUCGUCCAGCGCCGCCACCGGGGCGACACCCUUCUCCUACCCCAUGAUGGUGCCACCGCCGCUCUACCGCCACAGCCCCGUGUCACAUGACCAGCAGCAGGGCUUCGGCUUCUACCAGCCGCACGGCAUCAUGGGAGGCCAGAAACGGGUGGCGGGGAACCUGUCGUGUUACAACUGCGGCGCCAACGGACACCGAGCCGAGGACUGUAAGCAGCCGCCGAUGGACUCAGCACAUCAAGGAACUUUCCGGCUGAAGUUCACUCCUCACUCCGACAGUAAGGACUCAGUGGAUUAACAGGCGAGGAUCUGAACCGUCGAACUGCCGACACAACCGUACCUCACGAAGACGAGCUGCUUUAAAGACUCCAGAUCUGAACGCACAGAGGCCUUUCUGAUUCUAUUAUCGCGACGUGAACACGGAGAUGAGCGGAGGACGCAGAAGAAACGGUGUGUUUCUCUCAGAUCUCCUCAGAUAGAAACACGAGCUGCAAGAGGAGCUGAACUUUAGUAAACUCUGCUUCAACCUACAGCGUUGUUUCACCGCAAAAUCCCAACAACAGCAGCAGCAGCAGCAGCAGCUCACCUGCCAAACAGCGGAGCUUUUCUAGUCGCCUGGAGGCUUCAAACCAAAGGCUUGUCCAAAGAACUUAAGUCAAGUGUGUUUUUCACUUGUUCUAGUUGAGUCGUGCACUUAUUGCGGCCCUGAUUGUGGCUGCUUUAGACACACAACACACACACAGUCGCAGGUUUGCUUCAGUGUUUUCUCUACUUGGUUUAGAUUUACUGGAGUUUUGUGGAACUUCAAGGAGUUUCCUUCUGUAUGUGGUCCGAUCAGGUUUUAGCUCGUUGCUUUUAACGGUUGAUUUGUCCACAAUAAGAGUUACUUUCAUCUUCUGUUUUUAAAAGAGGACACAGGUUCAAUGUAGAACUGAACUGACAGUGUUCAGUGGUUACUGGUCAACAGUUUCAAAGCUGACAACCUUAAAACAAGCAGUAGGAAAGUCCGUUAUACCAGAUUUAUGGUAGAUAAACCUAUAAAACGUUUACAUUUCUUGUCAGCUCCCAUAAUUAUCAUGUCCAGGUUGAUAGAAAGAACAAGCAGGUGAUUCAAAAACAACCUGAAUACAUGUUGCUCGUCAAGAAAACAUUACCUUGCAGUGAAUUCAUUCAGUUUCCUUCUGAUAUGAACCUUUAGUUCAACUCCUAUGCACCUGUUUGUAUACAGGUCAGCAAACAGCACCUUUUUUGCACAAAGCUGCAAAGUCACACACAUGUUUUCUAAGCUACAGUUAAAUAGAAAAGGCCUUAGCAGCCACUCACAAAUCAAGGCAUUCAGUCUAUAAAUAAACACUUGCUUUGUGGAUGAAGCAUUUUAAAUGGAACCGGAGAGGAAAGCUGCACCUGCCUUCUUCUUGUUUGUAGUUUUCCUCCAACUGUGCCUGAGGAUAAACCAUAGACUGUAUAGGAAACAUGGGCAACAGAUGGAUGGUCUAAAAAGUGAAGCCAGCAGUGAAGUGCCUUAAACAUGUAUUCUAUCUAACAGCCAGCAGGGGGCGACUCCUCCGGUUGUAAAAGCUUCUAUAGAAGCCUGUGAGAAAAUUACCCUAUAUCCCGCUUGAUUUGUUACCUUAGUGAACAUUUUCCUGAUCGGUUUAUGGUCUAAAGGGCUAGAUUUAAGCCUCUGUCGAUACGGAAUGAUGUUAAUUUUGUAAAUUGUGGUAAAAUGUUAAAAAAAAAUGGUGAAAAAUGUCAAUCAGUGUUGUUCAAAGCUCAAAGAUGUCCAGUUUACUGUCGUAGAAGAAUAAGAAAAACCACAAUAAGUCAAAUUUAAGAAGCCAGAAUCAUAAAAAAAGAAGCUAUAAUUUUAAAAACAGCACAACCAGCCUAUGGGGAAACAAAGAGUUGAUAUGUAGCUUGACAAUGAUAAAUGUAGAGCCAGCAUUCGUGACAGUACAUAAAGAUUUGUGGCUGCUGGGUUACUUGAAGUUCAAGUACUAACCUGGAUACCACAUCUCCACACACUCAUAUCCACAAUAUUUUGGCUUUUAUACAGUGGAGGAAGUGAGGAUCCAUCUUUAUACACAGUUUUUGGUCCUUUUUGUCAACCUCUGAGCCAACCUGAGAGCAAAACAGUGUUCCUCUACAACAGGACAUUAGUUAGACUGAAUUAUUUCCAGACUGUUCAGUGUCUGCAGUUUACAUCAAGGUGGAUAAACAUUUCAAAGUGCCAAUUAUCUGCUCGUUCUGUCUGGUCUUUGAUUUUCCUGCUUCAGUGGGAGUUGUUGUCACUGCAGCGGAGAUGGAGCUGCUUAUUUUUGUAAUUCAUGCGUCUUUCUGCGGACGUUAGCGGGUGGUCGUGGAGUUAAAGAGUUAGAAGAAGUGAGAGGAAGUGUUUGUGGGUGUGUUGGAGUCUCCGGCGGUGGGCGAGUUGCUGGGCAGGACCCGAACAGACAUGAGGACAGCUGGUCCUUCAGAUGAAACUCUAUCUGUGCCCCUGGAGGGUGCAGCGCUGGCACACGGGCGCUUAUUUAAAAUGGAAAAUACUGAACUUUAAGUAUGUGUAGCAACUUCUGUCUGCAAUGUGCUUUUGUAUUGUAAUAAAAAACAUCUUUAGGGUUUUGUGUUUGGGGCUCAGAAUCAGUUAGUCAGCCGAAUGUUAAUUCAAAUUUCAGCAGCGCGACUGUCUCAGUCGACAUGGUUGUAGAAAAACAUAUUUUUUCAAUAGUUGCCUUGGAUUUUCUUUUUUUUUUAAAAAUAGCUUUUACCAAAGAACAGCUCCUGUGUUUGGACACAUGGUUCCAAUUUUGUAGGUUUCAUUUUGUUUUUGUGACUCUUUGAGCAGUAGAACUUGAUAAAGUGACGCUCCAGCAUGCAUGUUGCUUCAUCUCUGGUUAAGUGUGCUUUUCAAAUAUUUGUGUGCAAAUGUCUGAACACCGUUUCUAAUUACCCAGUUCAUUUGUAACAGGCUGGAUUUUAUAUUUUUAUUGUGUUUUAAGACUUGACUGUUCUGACAUUUGAGGGAAAAACAUGGUUAAGUAAUAAAAUAUUUUCUGAUUCAGCCUUUCA